AUGAUUCUUCCUUUACUCUACCUCACAAUUUCAGUAGAAAAUGCUGGCCAUGAUCUGCUCUUUGCAGUAAUAUUUGGUGUCAUCACGUUUUCGGGAGGACCGCUGUCAUACACAUACCGGUUGAGUGAAAUGCGACUGAAAUUUGGCUCCUCAUCUGAUCGUGGCUCAGAGCAUCGAGUCAACUCCUUCGCCUACCCUGGCGAGCUUCAGCUGUAUGCCUAUAACAGCGAUUUGUACCAAAGCUUCGCGGAUGCUGUUGAUAGACCCAAUGGUGUUGCAGCCUUCUCCAGCAUGCUUCAGAUGUCAACCGAAACAAAUAAGGACCUAAUGGGAAUUGUUAUGGCAGCAGAAAAAACGCAGUUUUUGGGCAAUAAAUUUCAUCUGAAAGGCAUCGAACUGCAGGCCCUCUUUCCAGCUAUUGAUGAGUAUAUGACGUACGAGGGGUCCUUGCCAUUUCCAAGUUGUGCUGAAACCGUGACCUGGAUUAUUCUCAACCGAUCCAUUCAAAUCUCCCUAAAAGAGAUGAAGGUACUUCGGCAACUGCGAACCGACAAAACGCUGUGGUCUACCUCGAUGGCUGACAAUUUUCGACCAGUCAAUCCCCUCAACAAUCGUUCAGUGCGGACAAACAUUCGAUUCGCCAAUUCGGUAAGAGAACCCACCUUCUCUGCCUCCAUCUCCGCCUCCGCCUAA